AGUUGGCUGCUCUUAUGACAUGACACUAUAUAUAUGCAAAAUAAUACCUCUAUGUGUGUGUAUAACGAUAUUUAGCUUAUUUCUUGAAGUUCGAGGAGGAAAUUAAACCAUCAAUUUUGCACAUAGUAGCAAAAGCAAAUACCUUCCUAUGGGGCGUUGGAUGAAACCAGAGGUCUACCCGCUACUAGCUGCGAUGACCUGUGUAACAAGUUUGUGCAUCUUUCAGCUUACAAGGAACGUUUUCAUGAACCCUGAUGUCAGGUACGUAGAACAAAUUCUUAAACUCCUAAGAAUAUUCUAUGUUUUCAUUUUGCUGAUGCGUUUUCCUUGCCUGGGAUUGAUUAACAGGGUCAACAAAGCAAACCGUGGCAUGGGAGUGCUAGAAAACAAAGAGGAAGGGGAGAGGUAUGCAGAACAUGGCCUGCGCAAAUUCCUGAGAACUCGCCCACCUGAGAUCAUGCCAACCGUCAACCACUUCUUCUCUGAAGAUAAAUAAAUAAAUAUACUGAUAAUUAUGUAUAACCCCCCUGAAGCUUUAUCUGAUAUAUAAUUAAAGCUAGCGAGCAACUUGUUUUGUUUUUAAUGAUUUAUAAAGUGUGUGAAAUGAGUCUGUGGUCGUUUUAAAUGUUAUAAUACAUAGCGAGACUGGAACUUGCUUCA